AUGUCAGUGCGAUCGUGGCCAACAGCACAUGAUAGGGAACCAACUGAGGAUAACCCAGCCAGGUCCGAGCCUGGACAAGGAUGCCUUGAAGGUACAUGGAGAGAUGUUCAGUUAGAUAAAGAAGAAAUGGAAAAAGAGAAGAUAAAUGCUUUGUUUAAGACUCGUAUACACUUAAUGAAUACCCUCACAGAGACGAAAGGAUGGAUACAGGAGGCAAUUUAUGCUGGUGAAACAGUGGAUAAUAUCAAGACAAAGAAAGAGCAUUACGAUGAAUGUUGGAGAGAAUUUGUCAGCAAGCACGAACAAUACAUGGAGUUACGCGUGAGCGAAGAGGAAAAGGAUAUUGCAAGUCGAAGUUAUAAAGAACUGAUGUUCAACUGUGUCAAAAAAGAAAGAACAGUUAGCGCUCGCUCAGUUGAAGAGAAGCCAACUACUGAAACAGCACGAACUCGAACGAAGAAUGACAGAGUUGAAUUUCGAGAAAGAAUAUAUGGAAGCCUGAAUGGAAGAGGAACGAGCAAUAGUAAGUUUGAAUGUUUAUGA